AUGUCUGAUCGUCACCAGAGCGAUGGGUUGGAGGCUCAUGUUUGUUUUGAAUUGUUGUGUGCAGUGUACGAUAUAGUGAGGAAUUACACAGCAGACUACGACAAGACGCUGAUCUUCAACAAGAUCCACCACGAGCUGAACCAGUUCUGCAGCGUGCACACCCUGCAGGAGGUCUACAUCGAGCUGUUUGAUCGGAUAGAUGAAGACCUGAAGCUGGCGUUGCAGCAGGACUUAACGAGCAUGGCACCUGGACUCAUCAUCCACGCGGUGCGUGUGACCAAGCCAAACAUUCCAGAAGCCAUCCGGAGAAAUUACGAAUUGAUGGAGAGUGAAAAGACCAAGCUACUGAUUGCAGCUCAGAAGCAGAAAGUGGUGGAGAAGGAAGCAGAGACCGAGCGGAAGAAAGCUCUCAUUGAGGCUGAGAAGAUUGCGCAAGUGGCUGAAAUUAAGUUUGCACAAAUGAUCAUGGAAAAGGAAACGGAAAAACGUAUCUCCGAGAUUGAAGAUGGAGCGUUUCUUGCACGGGAGAAAGCUCGAGCGGACGCGGACUUUUACACAGCAAAGCGAGUGGCUGAAUCCAACCGGCUGAAGCUGAGCCCAGAAUACCUGCAGCUGCUGAGGUAUCGUGCAAUUGCCUCCAACAGCAAGAUUUACUUCGGGAAGGACAUCCCCAAGAUGUUCUUGGACUUGAGCGCCUUUGCACCAAGUGCUGCGGGUAAAUCAGGUGAAGCAAACUCCUCUCCGGAGCUCAACAAGCUGAAGGAAUUCGAGGACGGGCUGUAACGAUGUGGAUGGACCGGUGGGUGCAGUUCAGCUUGGUAGAAGCCACUGUGAAACCAGCACUAAAUGCACUGAGACACUGCAGCUUCUUUUACCCCUUGAGUGGAGUCUCUAACCAUAAUUAUAUUGUCACUUUUGUACCGAUGGGUACAUUACAGAUCCCACUGAAAGCACAAGUCUCUGAGGGUGCAGUCUGCACCAGGGGCUAUAUAACCACAGACUAAAGCUGCAGCAGACCUGUGUCAAGAGCAUUUCCUGUCUUGGAAUCAGUUAACAGCUGAGUGCAUGAGAGUGUGUGAGUGUGGAGAGGAUGAGAAGUGACUGACAUUAUACUCAGAACUUGACCUGACAAACCUUCAAAUGUUGUGUCACCCAGCAGAUGAGAGUCUCUCUUUUGUCCUGUUGGAAUCUGACACAAGUAAGGUGGACAUUCAGAUUUUGAUGAAUGAAUUGAAGUUGGAUCUUUUCAAGCAUUAGUUGGCAUUGCACUAGUGAAUGCUUCCUCAACUAAUGAAGUGUAAAAUCCCAGCUUCAGGACUGAGCUUUUACUCUCUCCUCUUGAUGCUUCUUGGCAGGAGAUGCUUUGGACCAGCAUUGCAACAGUUUGGAAAGGUCCAGCAAGUUGGGGAGACCUUUCGAUUGGGGUCCUUAGCUUCCCUCAGUCCCUACCUACUGGCACAAUACCUACCUGUCCUCCUCUCGACAGGCCUUCAGUCUGAACCAGAAACUCAUUACAUGAAGCCACGAGAUGUAAUAAGACAUUAAAUACAAAUAGAAUUAGAUUCCGGUAAUUCACAACCUAUGUAUUGUGAAGCAUGUUGAUGCAUGUGUUGGCCUGCUAUUGUGAGAAUGUUUUAAAUCCAGCAUGCUGAGUCGUGUGAACAAGGUGCACCAUCACCCCAGCUAUAAGCUCAUGCCAGGGGGUAAAUUGCAGAGGGUCUGUUAGUUUGCCACAUGCUCCGGAUUCUCCCAUUACUUAGAUUAAUGCCCAUGGGAGGUAUGAACAGAGUUCUCCCAGCCCUGUGCUGCAGUGUACACCAGUCAAACAAGCCUGGGGCAGGAUUUCUGUUGGUGGGUUUCAGAGCUCCACUGACCCUGGCCCUGCUUGUAGCCAAUGAGAAAGGCAAGUCCAGAAUGCAGAGGCACAGACAAGCAAAAAGUGGUCUGUGGAUUUGGAUCUCGUGCACAGAAGCCCGUGUUUAUAUAACACCGUCACAACACAAACCUGCAGCACGCUCAGUUGUUGCCUGUUGUUCCUGCUGCUUUGUUCUACAGACCCACCUUCUGUUUAAGGAUCUCUGUGUUUGGACAGAAGGUCAGCUUGAGAAGGGUAUUCCUUCAUUAAGAGAUCAGAUUCCCACUGUAACCCAUCCAUUGGUGAAAGGACGGGUGACAGGUCUCUUGCAGAUAGUGAGUGUUGUCCCUGGUUUGUGGCUGGGCCCCCUGGUCUCACUCUGCCCCCUCUCUCCUCCCUCCCCAUCUUUUAUUUUCUUGCUGCACAACUAUGUUGUUAUUUGUUUCUGCCUGUCCAGCAGGAAAUAUUGAAUCACUUUUUUUUUAAACAGCAAACUAGAAAAUAUCCACAUCUGUACACACAUCUUGUCAUGUCCCCUGUUUUAAACUUUCCACAACUGCCGUACAAGGUCUGCGCUGUGAUUAGGUGCUCAGCGGUGACAGGGAGGUGUAAUCACAGUGUGAUUUGUUUACAGUGACAUUUUGCAUCAAAGUUGUCAGACAAUCUGUAAUGAAAAUGCAAACUAACUUUAAACUCUCUGAUUUUGGUAUGGUUAUGGUCUGGCACCACCCCACUCAUUAACCCACUACACCUGUUCCAUGUUCUGAAAUGUUGACCUUGUUUCUCUCCCCACAGACGCUGCCUGACCUGCUGAGUGUUCCCAGCAUUUUCUGUUUUUAUUUCAGAUUUCCAGCAUCAGAUCGUGGUUCUCGGGGACUUGAAGGGAAGUAGUGGGAGUGAGAGUUGGGGAGGUUUGCCCAGGUACAUCACCACAAAUUGGUCUUUUUUUCCUCUUGAAAAAAAAUUAAUUACUGUGCACUCCACUCUUACUGAUUCUUGCACUAAAGGGAGCUAACGAGAUUAGGCAGAGACAUCCCACAACGAAGGGUGUCAUAUUUUUCAAUUUGGUUCUUACCUGCUCCUGACAAUAACUGAAUGUGAUCUGAGGUGUGUGUACAUAUUUUUUAAAUGAGUGAAAUUACUUCGGUGGUAGUCUGUCUGGUACCAUUCCAACUGUGACCUCAGUUUUGAUUUUAGUAUUCCUGUAUUCAAAGUGUUGAAUUGUAUUUGGAAUUUUUUUCGUGAAACCUAAUAUGUUCAUUUUCAGUGUCCUGAAAUCUUACAAUAAAAAAAAAU